AUGUCAAACUCUCUCACUGAUCAAUUGUUUGACCUCGAGCUGGCUUUGACCAUGGUGGACGAUUCAGCCGGUGUGAUCCAAAUCUCAGACUUAUCGUCAUCUCACAGGAAUGACAUGCCGACGAUGACAGCAUCUGGGUUUUGCAGGGAAGGCGAUGAAUCGUUUGACCUUGACCAGGCUUUGACCAUGGUGGACGAUUCAACCAGCGUGGUUGAGAUCUCAGACUCGUCGGCGCCACACCGGAAUGACAUUCAGACGUCUGCAUGGAAAGCUUCCGAUCAGGCGACGGUGGCAAACAAGUUCCAUGUGGCCACUUAUAUCAUGAAGUUUGUAUCACCAAGUGGUUUUCUCUCCACAAUUCUUGCCCUCUGUGCAGGUUCCAACUUCUCAGUCUCCGGUGACCGGAAAAAUAUCCGGUAG